UUCUCAUUUGGCGGGAAACAGGAGGCCGAGAGACACCUACGAAGUGACAUUUGACCGGGAUUAAGGAAUUUUUCCUUGUCUUAGCUUCAUUACAAGUACGUGAAGUCACAGGCAACGGGAACAGGAAGGCAAAGGUGACGUGAGGAAGGAACUGGUUAAUAUAAAAGGAGAGGAAUAAGAAGACACGUGUGGCAGCAAGAGACGAGGUGAGAGGCGUCCUGGCUUGUCUUAUUACAGGAAGUCUUAAGAUUGUAGACACUUGCUGCUUAUCUGCAGGAUCCAAAAAUAGCCAGGAGAGUAAUAGAGAAGGCUGUGCCGUGUGUGCUCAGCCAUCUAAGAAGGAUGAACUACAGCAGCUGUAAUAGCACCACAUCUGUGGCAGCACCACCUCGCCGUGGAGCCCUGAUUGUGAUCGAGGGGUGUGACCGCACCGGCAAGACAACACAGGCCAUGAAACUGGUUGAAUAUCUGAAUGGCAGUGACCGCAAGGCAAUAUUUAUGAGAUUUCCAGAUCGCACAACCCCGAUUGGUUGUCUCAUCGACAGUUACUUGAGCCGAGGCGUCAAUUUAGAAGAUCAAGUCAUUCACCUUUUGUUCUCUGCAAACAGGUGGGAAAGUCACCCCAAGAUAAUAUCAACUCUGAAAUCUGGUGCAUCAGUAAUCAUUGACCGUUAUGCUUUCUCUGGGGUGGCGUUCUCUGCUGCCAAGGAAAGUCUUGGGCUGCAGUGGUGCAAAGGCAGUGAUGCCGGUUUGCCCAAGCCUGACGUUGUGCUGUUCCUGGACCUCCCGCUUGAACAGGCUGCCACACGAGGAGAGUAUGGCAGUGAACGCUAUGAGGAGCUCAAGUUUCAACAGAGGGUUUACAAGAACUACAUGGCAUUGAGGGAUGACACAUGGAAGAUGAUCGAUGCAAGCAAAAGUAUAGAAGAGGUGCAGAGAAGCAUGGAGGCAGAGGUAGAGAGAGUAAUGAAAGAGUCAAAGUUUGGGCCACUUCCUGGCCUCUGGUGGUCAUAACCUAGUCAACAGCAACUACAUUCUCCUGUGAUCUCACCAUUUCAUGAUACAAAUGUGCAAUGGAGUCUUACUGCUGAUAAAAUAAUGUUGUCAAUUUUACUUUAGUGUUACAACUUAUAACGUUCUAUAAUCGCAUUUAUUAUCCAAAUCUAGCUUAUGCCAAAAAAACAAUUGAUAAACUAUUGCUAUAAAACAUAUGAUAUUGGAAUGACAUCUUGUUACAAUCGUAUGGUACGAUCUACCUAUCUGUAUACCAGGCUGAUAAUCCCACAAGGAAUAGCCUAGACAAAGCAACACACACACACACACACACACACACACAC